UACAUAAACAUACAUACAGACCAAGGUUUUAAUUAGCCAUGGCGUCUAGGGUUUUGGCUGCCUUCAUCUUGCUUAUUUCUAUUUCCUCAUUUUCUUCAGCAGAAGAAAAAGAACAUGUUCUAACGCUUGAUCAUUCCAACUUUACUGAUAUUGUCUCUAAACACGAUUUCAUCGUUGUUGAAUUCUACGCCCCAUGGUGUGGACACUGCAAGAGCCUUGCUCCAGAGUAUGAGAAAGCUGCUUCAGUUUUGAGUAGCCAUGAUCCAGCUAUCGUUCUUGCUAAAUUAGAUGCAAGUGAUGAAGCUAACAAAGAAUUGGGAACCAAGUUCGGUAUUCAGGGUUUCCCUACCAUUAAGAUCUUAAGAAAUGGUGGAAAAAACAGUCAAGAAUACAAAGGUCCUCGUGAAGCUGAUGGAAUUGUUGACUAUUUAAAGAGACAACUCGGCCCUGCUUCUUCUGAAAUCAAAUCUGCCCAAGAUUCUGCCACCCUUAUUGAUGAAAAGAAGAUCUCUCUUGUUGGAAUUUUCCCCAAAUUUGCUGGAGAAGAAUAUGAAAAGUUUACAGCUUUAGCUGAGAAAUUGAGAUCUGAUUAUGGGUUUGCCCACACUUUGGAUGCUAAGUUGAUCGGUCGUGGUGAUUCAUCUGUUUCUGUUCCAACUAUCAGAUUGCUUAAGCCAUUUGAUGAACGUUUCGUUGAUUCUCAGAAUUUUGAUUUGGAAGCAUUGGAAAAGUUUAUUGAAGAAUCAAGUGUUCCGACCUUGGUCAUCUUUGACAACGACCCAAACAAUCAAGUUUACCUCGACAAGUACUUCAACACUCCUAGUUCCAAGGUAAUGGCAGUUGUGAACUUCUCCAGCGAUAGUUACACUUCUUUCAGGUCAACUUACGAAGAACUUGCAGCUUCAUACAAAGGAAAGGGAUUAAUCUUCUUAUUGGCUGACCUUGAAAACAGUGAUAAUCUCUUGAAGUAUUUUGGACUCAACAGUGAGCAAGUUCCCUUGAUACUCGUACAGAAGACCAAUGGGGAUAAAUACUUUAAGGAUAAUCUCACCCCUAAUGAAAUUGCUCCUUGGUUGAAGGAUUUCGUGAAUGGUGCUGUGAGGCAGUUUAUUAAGUCUGCGCCAAUUCCUGAAACAAACGAUGAGCCUGUUAAAGUAGUUGUUACCAAUACCCUUGCGGAGUUUGUCUUCACCUCGACAAAGAAUGUUCUUAUUGAGUUCUAUGCACCUUGGUGCGGACACUGCAAGAAGCUAGCUCCCAUUUUGGAAGAAGUUGCUGUUCACUUUGAGAAGGAUGCUGAAGUUGUUAUUGCCAAACUUGAUGCGACCGAGAAUGAUGUCCCUGGCGAUUCAUUCGAGAUUCAAGGAUACCCGACAAUGUACUUUAAAUCUGCAAGUGGGAAGUUGGUGUCUUAUGAUGGGGAUAGGACAAAGGAAGCUAUCAUUGAGUACAUUGAGAAGAACAAGGAAACAAAAACAGCAACUGCCCAAACCGGCUCCAAAGAUGAGCUUUGAUCUGAUUUUUGUUUCAAGAGUUUUACUUUUGUUUUCUGUCUUGUAAGACUUUUUUAAUUAAUUCAUGGGGGAUUAUUAACUUUUCUUUGCUUCCUUAAUCUCCCCAUGUAGAGCUUGUUUGAACUUCUCUUAAUUUAUAUAAUAAUGUUUGCUCUUUCUAUUUC